AUGAUUAUUUUAUUUGGUUUCUUUACUUUGGCCUUAUCUGAUUGUUCUAGCAAUCCCUUCACACAAUAAUACUUAAAUCUCCUCCAUAAUCUUGAGAUGGAUGUACAACAAUACAACACCUACAUGUAGUCCACGCCCAAAGAUUAAGUACAUGCACUCUCAAUUAUUAUUUAGACUCUAAAUAUAUGUUCAAAAAUGAAUUCCUAUUCUUGUUGCACCCCUGAAACUGAGACCUUCUUCCAAUCCAUCAUUUCCAAAUAUCAGUCCAAAUUGCUAGACAACAACAGCGAAUUGCAGAACUUGUUGAAGACAUUUGAAUCUAAUAUCAAAGUAUGUGGAUUACUAAAUAACACUUCAUUUGGAAACUCAUUUAUCGGAACUGAUAGCAUAGAAAACUAUAAAUUGUAAUUAAAAUAAUUAGCCAAACUAUAAGCUGGAUUUUUGUAAGGAAAUCUAUGCAUAAUGUGUGCAGCAUCAAAUGACACCAAAUUUAUAUAGAACAAUAAAAUUGUUGCACUGAAAUCCAAUUAUGACUAGUAUAUUAGCAACCUUAUAAACUAAUAUGAUUCUUUGCAGAGUCAGGUCAUAAAUUUCAAAUAGUUUGUGUUGGACUAUUAUGUGAAUUACACAGACACUUUACGUUGCAGUAGUGUUUUGGAAGAGUUCCUGCAAUCUUGGCAGAAUGUUGUGGUGUGUCCUGGUAACAUGUGUGAUUUGUAUAUAAAAAAUACGAUCUAACCACUUGGGUUUAGAUAAUUAAUGGCUGAGGAUUAUUACACGUUCAGUGAGACAGAUGGGAUUGAAGUUUACAUAGAAGUUACUGGAGGAGAAGUGGCAUCAAAGGGGUUAAUUCUGAUUCUGAUGAUUACAUUUGUACUAUUGUUGUGA